AUGGACAAGCAAAAACAGUGUUCAGACUGCUCCAAAUACUUUACUAGCAAUAGUAAUCUGUUUCGUCAUGAGCGUAAAGUUCAUGGUAAACACAUCAAUCGCUUUGUCAACAAGUCAAGAGUUCACUCCACUACCCAAGAUUCCCAAAUACUCAACAAAUCUCAGUCACCUAUUUCAUGUUCCCAAACUUUUGAAUUGAUUGAUUCCAGAAUUAAUCCUCAUACAUCCGUAGCUCUGCAUUCUUAUGCAUCUACCAAUUCACCAACACAAUCCACAAUUACUGAAUCUACUACUGACAAUAUUACUUCCAUACUGUCCACUUCUUUUCAUCCUUCCAAUGACACAGUCACUUCUGAACAGCCCACAUUCACUUCUCCCACCUUGCCUGUCUUGCCAAAAUCAUCCACAUCCCUCAAACAAGCAUCCCCAAAAACUCCAGUUACAGGAAAGAAUGGAUUCGCAGGUGCUCCACCUAGGUCACAGAGAAUUGCAUGCCCCGUAGAAAGUUGUAAAAAAACCUUUCCAAGAUAUUAUGUCUUCCGGAACCAUAUAGAAGUUGACCACAAGAUUCCAAUUGAACAUGAAAAACUCUAUUUUUCUUCAGUUAAAGAUUUUCUCGUAUGGAAAAAAGAAUUGGAACAAAACACUUUAUCUUACUAUGUUAAAAAUAGUGCAGGACACAGAACGAGAAAUGGAGGUACAAUUCUGUACUAUAAUUGUGACCGAUCAUACACUUCUCGAGAACCCACAGACAAAUUGUCAAAGAUUUUGAAUAGUAGAAAGAUUGGAAAUGCUUGUCCCUCCAGAAUCAUAACAAAAGUUAACAAUGAUGGUGAUGUGGUUGCUGAUUAUUGGAAGACACAUUUAGGACAUGAUAAACUUGCUAAAUAUGUCCGGAUUGACAAAAAAUUACGGAGACGUCUCAAUAAAAAAAAAAGACGAGUCAUGAAAAGAAAGAGAAUGGAUAAGGCCAUUAAUAAGAAAAGGACUGAAGUGGAAGUUUCUUGUGACAGAAAUGAAACUUGUUCAGAAAAUUCAAAUACUAGUAGCACUGAGGAUGUUGAAAAAGCCAAAGCCCGAGUAGAAAAUUUAUUACUUAAGAUUAAUCAUGUGAUUUUUAAUACAGGAUAUGAUGACAGUUUAGCUGAAACACUGGAGAAAACUUUUGAACAUAUUCUUCAGCUAAUAGCACCGAAAGAAAAUAAUACAGAAUAUGCUAGUAGCGCUGAAGAUGAAAUAGAAGCCAAAGCCGAGGUAGAAAAUUUAUUACCAGAGAUUAAAAAUGUGAUAUUUAAUACAGGAUAUGAUAAGAGUUUAAUUGGAACAUUCAAGAAACUUUUGAGCAUAUUCUUCAGCUAG